AGAAAUUUCAAGACCAAAUUAUGAGUUGCACUAGUAUAAAAGUGUCAGCAAAUUGACGGGUAUGUAUCAUUCACUUCUUGUCUUCGCAUUCGCAAAGAACUCAACCAAUAAUCAGCUAAAUUUCGAUAUGGCUUUCAAGUUUGUAUUCGCACUCGCUUUCGUCGCCGUAGCCAGCGCUGGCUACAUACCAGCUGGUCCAGUGUACCAUGCCGCACCAGCCGUCGCCGUGCACGCAGCACCAGUGGCAGUAGCCCAAAAAGUCGUUGUGAAAUCCGAGGAAUACGAUCCUCAUCCUCAGUACAAAUACUCUUAUGGCGUUGAUGACAAACUCACCGGUGAUUCCAAGAGCCAAGUGGAGGAACGUGAUGGUGAUGUGGUCCGCGGUGAAUACUCUCUGAUCGAUGCUGAUGGUUACAAACGCACUGUACAAUACUCUGCUGAUCCUAUCAAUGGUUUCAACGCUGUUGUCAACCGUGAACCUCUCGUAAAAGCUGUUGCCGUGGCUCCAGUUGCUCAUUAUGCUGCCCCAGCAGUCGUCAAGACCGUUGCUCCAGUCGCUCACUACGCCGCUCCAGUUGCCCACUACUCCGCCCCUGCUGUAGUCAAGACAGUUGCCCCCGUAGCUCACUAUGCUGCCCCAGUGGCCCACUAUGCCGCUCCAGCUGCCCAUUACGCAUCUUAUGCCGCUCCAGCUGUAGCUUACCAUCAUUAACUCAAAGAGAAGUGAACAUUUCCAAACCUGAUUUUAAUCCGACGAGUGCGUAAGCGCCCAACGAAUUGUUGAUAAUUUUAUGAUAAUUUAUUUCGAAGUUAAAUAAAAAAUAUAUAAAUUGA